AUGAAAGGUGUGGUGGGUGGAACCCUCCCCUACUCCUCUACAGCGGAGGAUGUGAAUAAUAAACCCAACUAUACCGCUAGAUGUCACUAUAAACAGGUUGUGUUCAGUCCUGAUGAAAUAAAAAGACGGUCAGCGGAGUUUAACCAGGAUAAGUCAAGCCAGACAAAACCGGUUCUAGAGGGAACUAAGUUGAUCAACUCUUCAGAUUUGGUUAAAAUCGAUCAAGCAAAGAUCGAUGAUCAUUUGAGUAAAUCGGAUCAAGAUCAAACUAAACCUCAGCUCAGAGAUACGAGCCCCCCGGAGGAAUAUUUAGAAGAAGCAAAUCCAGAACAGUCUCAUCAUUUACCUGAGGAUAAAUUAAUGUUGUCGCUGGCGGAACGGCAGGAGUUGGCGGAGAAUGCUAUGGAAGAGCUAGCUAGUGGUCUCAAUAGAGCAGCACAGGCUAUGAAGAAUAACGAGGAGUCCUCGGAUUUGGGGGAUUUACAGGAUACGGAGUUGCAUCAGCUCCUGGAGGAAGCAUACAACUACAAAGCAAUUAAAAAAGAUAGACAUGGUCUCAGUGGAACAUUUAAGGAAUUGUUAGAGAAGGUUGAGGAGAACUCUUCUGGUGAGGAACAGUGGGAUUCUCAUUUCAGGCGACAUUUACUGAAUCCAGAUAGUGGGAAGAAAAAGAAGAAAAAGGUUUCCGAGACCAACAAGGGAGGAAGCCUGAGUAAUCUUUCUUUAAUUGAUUCAGAUAAUACUAGGUACAUUUUUUUUCAUUAA